AUGGAGGGCUUGGUUAGCACUGGUCGGCGGUUUCGAACCAUCGACCGUACGCCCACAGAGGACCUCUCACCAAAGGCGCUACACCUGCCUAACAAAAAUGUAACGUUCGUUGGAACGCGAUACUGUAGCUGCGCAAAGAAACUGUUCAAACAAGAAAUAAGAGUUGAGGUCCGCGUGUACCGCUGGGCGUGUGCAUCGUCGCGUAUCCCGUUAUCGCCACGAGUGCAUCAUCCUCAUCGACUGUUCGCCAUUAGAGAGGUGGUGGCGAGGCACGAGAGAGGAUCGUUAAUAACCGUUCACUUCCCUGGUCUUCUGUGGCGACCAUCAAUGGCUGCUGAGGAACGAUUCCGAGAUAGCACCCAAGAAGUGGAACACCUCAAAGGAGCGACGCUGGAUGGAAGUGUUCUUAAGGCUUCCACUUUCUCAUUUAGUGUUCGAGAUGCAUGCGUAGCUGCUGGACAAGUGGACGCUAAAGUAUUUCGAGAUAGUGAGCAACCAGCCACGAUAAUGUCACAUCUGGAACAGUUCCGGCGGAAUCAGAAUAUGUGCGACGUGAUCCUGGAGGUUGAAGGACAUUCAUUGGCGGCUCAUCGUUUUGUUCUUGCGGCUGCAAUUCCAUAUUUUCGUGCUAUGUUCGGUUACGAUGUUGUGGAAGCUAAAAUGGAUAGGAUUAUUUUGAAUGAUAUAUCAUUCGAAGCUUUGGAAGCGUUGGUAAAUUUUGUCUACACAAGUGAAAUAUCUAUCAACAGUGAUAACGUACAAAAUUUGCUCUUUGCGGCAUCUAUACUCCAAAUGGAUUCGGUUUGUUACGCAUGUCAACGGUUUAUGACGCAAUUAUUGACAACGAAAAAUUGCCUGCUAAUCAGGCAAUUUGCUGAACAACACAAUUGUGUGGAUUUGUUGAAUAGUUCGGAUGAUUUUGCUGUGGAUCAUUUUAUAGAAUUACGUGAAUUGGAAGAGUUCAAACAAAUAGCUUUCCCUCAUCUACGAGAUUUGAUCAGAAGAAGCGACCUAAAAAUUACUAGCGAGGAACAGGUCUUUGAAACGGUAAUCGAAUGGAUGGAAGCGAAUCCAAGCGAACGAAAGCAACACCUUUCAGAGCUUUUGUCACUUGUACGCCUACCGCAGCUCAAUAUGCAGUAUCUCGUUGAAAAUGUUCGACAAAAUAGCAUGAUCAAAGAAUCUAGAGAAUGCACUGAUCUUGUAUCGGAAGCGUUGUUUAUUAUGUUAUCACCGCUUAAAGGUACACCUUUGCCUGUUGGUGCUGCAAUUAACGACGAAGGUGGCGGACAAUACGCUGCUGGAUCGUCAUUGUCAAUACCCCGUCCUUUAUCUCCAUCAUCGCAAGCGCUCCGAAGUCGACCCCGGAAAAGUGUUGCUGGAGUGAUUUUCUGUGCUGGCGGUCGAGGUACUGGCGGUGAUCCAUUCCGAUCAGUGGAAGCGUUUGAUUGUCGGUUGAAUCGUUGGAUUUCAAUAUGUGAAAUGACUCAACAACGUCGACAUGUGGGUGUGGUCAGUGCCCUAGGGAAACUAUUUGCUAUUGGUGGUCACGAUGGAAUGCAACAUUUGGCAUCAGCUGAAAUGUUCGACCCACGAGAAGGCGUUGGAUGGCGCCGUGUUGCGCCAAUGCGCACAUGUCGUCGUGGAAUAGCUGCCGCUGCACUUGAUGGCGCUAUUUACGCUGUUGGAGGGCUGGACGACACGACUUGCUUUAGUACGGUCGAACGGUAUGAUAUCGAGUCGAAUACAUGGACAGAUGUUGCACCCAUGAAUGUACGUCGUGGUGGUGUCGGCGUGAGCGCACUGGGGAAAUUCCUAUUUGCUGUUGGUGGUAACGACGGUUCAUCAUCUCUUGAUUCAUGUGAACGUUACGAUCCUGUACUAGAUAAAUGGAAACUUGUGGCAAAGAUGACGAAUCGUAGGGCUGGAGCUGGUGUUUGUGUUCUGGAUGGUGCUCUCUACGCUCUCGGCGGUUUCGAUGACAACUCACCGUUGUGCACAUGUGAACGAUAUGAUCCACACACGGAUCAAUGGGUCCAGUUGGCAAAUAUGACAUUUUCAAGAGGAGGAGUUGGUGUCGCAUCAAUGGGCGGCCUUGUAUACGCCAUUGGCGGUCACGAUGGUCAACGUUAUUUGAACACAGUUGAAGCGUAUGAUCCUGUGACCAAUUCAUGGACACCUGUUACGGAUAUUAAAGAUUGUCGUGCAGGUGCCGGUGUAGCAUGGGCUGACUGUAGUGUUGACGAUCUUUUGCGUCCGUUUCAACCGGACAGCGGAUACGCACCAUCUGGCGGGAAUCAAUGUAUAUAG